CUUCUUUGAACUUCAUUGAUUUUACAAGGCUUCUAACGUCAUUGGAUUUCUACGGGCUUGUUUACAUUUUUUUGUCUUUACUAGUAAUGUAAAAAGUUGUUUUUGUUGUGAUGAAACGGGAUUGUCGUGAAGAUAUGUGUUUCUUUGGAUAUCUGGUGGGAAAAACUGUAAGGGUGCACUACUUUUAGACAUUGAUAGUGUGUUUUUUAUGCCGGGAUGUAUAGUAGUCGUUCAUUAAUUUCGCGGACAGGCCGACAUACGAUUCGCGGCACAUCGAUCCUAUUUUUGAGGACCCAUUGGUAAUGGAGAAUGUAAAGGAGCCCAAGCGUAAGCGUCAUGUGUACGUAACACGAGAACAACCAUUUCCCGUCGUUAUAGAAAGUGUUUCCGGUAUACCUGUGAGUGCGCGACUGUGGCAAACAUACACUGGUCGCUACAACGGCGACUGUGUAGUGGUGGAGAAAAAAAAUGACAUACACUCAUUAUAUACAAAGGGUUUCUUUGGGAAAGGUUCGCUAUCAAGGCAUUUUCCCACUUUUGGAAGAGUCAAGAAUGGCAUUCCUCCAUUUAUUUCGGAGCGCCAGUGGAAGCAGAGAAAUAAGUGGAAAGAAGAUUCUGAAUCUGAAGAGAUUGCUAUUUCAGUGAAAGUUGAAGACAAUAGUGGAUAUCUAAUAAAAGAAGAGGUCAACAGUGAUACAGACCAUUCAUCAGCACAUUUAAUGCAAAGUAUUGGAGGUUUGGUUAAGGAACAAGGUCCUCAAGUGUUCCCACCUGACUGGCAGAGUGAACAAAAAGAUACAGAGUCACCACAGCCUUUGCAUACUUCAUACCAAGCACCUACAAUAAGAUUUCACAGGGAUCCCCCCAAGAAACGAGUAACUGUAGUGAACUCUGUGUCAGAACAAACCAGCAGUGACAAUGGAAAUGCAGGAGAAGGAACUUCGUCAGGAACUGGUGGUGCAUCUAGAUCCCCGCUUGGAGGUAGUGCCAAAGAUAGAAGCAAAUCACAAAAAAGGGGAAGUGAUGUUGAGGAAGACAGCAGAUCACAUGUGAUUGAAGCAGGUAGGGCUGGACUGAUGGAUACAGAAGAGAUCAAAAGUGAAAUAAGGACAGAUGACGAGUCUCUGUCAGCCAGUGAGCGCCUUUCAUUACAAAGGAAUGUUGAAAAUGAAGUUGUUGUAUUGCGUGAUUCAGACAGUGAAGAAGAGGAAUUGGUAAUAGAUAAACUGGAGGCAAGGUUGGUGCAAAACCCGUAUCCAGUUCCUGAACACUUGCACUUGACACUGGAAGAAGCCUUCUUUCUGUCCUAUGCCCUGGGAUGUUUGCAAGUACUGGACCUCUCAGGCAAAGUGAUGACAUUAAGAGAACUGUGGGAGACAUUUCGUGCAUCAGAUGCUGAGUUUGUGCAAAAGUAUGUUGCCUAUCACCAUUUCCGUGGAAAAGGAUGGGUAGUCAAAUCAGGACUUAAAUAUGGUGGAGAUUUCUUACUGUACAAGGAAGGCCCUCCAUUCUAUCAUGCAUCAUACAUUGUUCUGGUAGAAGUACUACGGCAAGCUGACUUGGGCAGGAGCUCCUCACACAAUCGCCGGUCAAUCUCUUGGCCAUUGCUGUUUGGGGUCAAUCGUCUUGCUGAAACUGUUGGCAAAGAAAUACUGAUGUGUCGUGUGGUAUGGCCACGUUCAGUAGCUGACCAUGGUCCAAAUACCCCACAGCAGCUUGCUCGAUUUUGUGUACAAGAGGUCCUGCUCAAAAGAUGGGUCUCUUCCCAAGAACGAGAAGAACUUGAUAGAGAAGAGAUUAUUGAGUAACUGUUAUACAGUUGUUACUAUCAUGAUUCAAUGUACAUACAUAUUACAUACAACAGUGUAACAGUGACUUAAAAACUGAACAAACAUGAAUCCAAGUGAAGUCUGUGA